AUGGAAUACAACUGUUGGAAUCUAGCCCUUCUACUGUUCAUGACCUGCCUUGUUUUCUUUAUGACAGCUAAUCAAUCUAUUUAUGGUGGUGGAAGCUAUCUGAAUGCUAACACCAAAUGCAUUAGCAACUAUUUUCCUCAUCAACACACAAAUAAUUGUGAUACCGACAUACUACAACCUACCAAAAGAAAAAAAAAAGACAUGGAUUUUCCAAACAUUUUCCUGCAUAGAAGUUUUGUUUAG